AUGCCCAUCUACCAUUUGCGUGCUGUAACAGUUCUCGUCAAGCUCAAGCCUGGGGCCUCAUCUUCCCAGAUCGCUGCGUGGAGCAAUAAAGGUCGUGCAAUGGUUGGGCAGAUCCCUGGUCUAGUAAGGUGGCAGCCUGGCCCUCCACUGGAAGUCACCAAACAUAGAUGCAAAGGCUUUGGUAUGGCGGUCGUGGCGAUCCUCGACAAGGAGGAGGACAUUGCGGUGUACACCGACCAUCCCGCGCACAGAGAGGGGCAUCAUCUGCGGGAGGCCUUCUGCGAUGAGACUGUAGCUUAUGACCUGGAAUUCGAAUAA